GGCGUCGUUGACCGAAAUGCAAACGAUGGUGUUGACCCCUUUGGCCUUGAGCUACUUGGACUUGAAGACGAAGCCUGGGAGGUGCUUCUGGGAGCAGGUGGGGGUGAAGGCACCGGGGACGGCCAAGAGGAUGGCCUUCUCUUGUUCUUGGUGAGGUCAGAGAUGGUGGUGGUCUGGAGCUCGCCGGUGGGGUUGAGAAAACGGUGCUGUUAGUUUUGAAGCUCCUUGUUCUUCGUUGGUUCAGUGGAUGAACUGGUUUUUUGGAGUUUCUUAUUCUAUGUGCUCUGGACAAAAUAGCCUUUGUUCUUGUAUAUUAUUCGCUUCCUGCUUCUAUUUCUUCUCCCUCGAGCAUCUUCAAUAACACCGACCCAUAGAGCCUAGGCUCUUUCUCUCUGUAUGGAAUAUAUUACAUGGAGAAAAUGCAACACCAUGGUGGGUUGGGAUUCCGUGAGUACGUGGAUGCUCCAGAGAAAGAGUGCUACAAGAUCCAGAUGUUUCAGCGUGAGCUGUCUCUCAGCCUAGAGCUUGUGACCCAAGCUAUUGAGACGUGUCGGCAACAGUUGUUGGGGACGACAACGGAGAACAACUUGCAUGGGCAGUCUGAGAGUUCGGAGCAAACGACAUCGAAUAAAGUCCCUCCUCCGGUGUUCGAGGAGUUCUUUGUUGGUUCAAUAGAUGAACUAGUUUUUGAAGUUCCUGGUAUAUUUUUUUUUUGAGCUGCUAACAAAACGAUGCUGUUAGAGUUAGUCCUUCAACUCAACUCACGCCGUUAACGCCGACCUAUUUAAAGUCAUGCAUUAUAAAACUCCCACUAGGCAAUAGCUGUUGGUAAGGCGUGCUGUAGUCUAAAACGAUGCCGUUUUAGACUACAGCAUCUAUGCAGUACUUUUUAGUACCGCAUAGAAG